AUGGAAAACAACCACAAAGCAUCAUCAUCAUCACCCAACAUAGUUAUGAUACCUAGUCCAGGCAUGGGGCACCUUAUCCCCCUUGUAGAGCUUGCCAAGCUUCUAGUCCACCACCACAACUUCACCAUCACUUUCAUUAUUCCCACCAUUGGACCUCCCCCAAAACCCCAGGAAAACCUCCUCCAAAGCCUUCCAACUUCCAUAAACCACUUCUUUCUCCCUCCUAUUGAUUUCCAUGACCUCCCACCAGAAACCAAAACCGAAACUAAAAUAACCCUUGCUGUCACUCGCUCCCUUCCCAAAAUUCGUAACGUUUUCGAGUCCUUGGUUGCGAAUUCUAGUGUAGUUGGCUUAGUGGUUGAUUUAUUUGGCACUGAUGCAUUUGAUGUUGCCAAGGAGUUCAAUGUCCCAUCAUAUUUGUUCUGGUCCUCCAUGGCUAUGGGUCUGAUUUUGUUGCUUCAUUUGCCUAAGCUUGACAAAAUGGUUUCGUGUGAAUACAAAGACAUGGAUGAGCCGGUGAAGUUACCAGGGUGCUUUCCAAUUUCUGGAGCUGAAUUUCCGGAGCCAUUACAAGACAGGAAGAGUGAAGCAUACAAAUGGUUUCUUCAAUACGGCAAAAGGGUUGAUUUAGCUGAGGGUGUUCUACUUAAUAGCUUCAUGGAAUUGGAGCCAGAUGCUAUAAAAACUUUGCAAGAUGAAAUUGGGCUUUGUGGGCCACCAGUUUACCCAGUUGGGCCGAUUAUCCAGACCGGUCCAUCUUAUGGGCCGGGUGGGCAUGAGUGUUUGAAAUGGUUAGAUGAACAGGCAAGGGGAUCUGUUUUGUUUGUGUCAUUUGGGAGUGGUGGAACUCUUUCAUUUGAACAGCUUAAUGCACUAGCAUCAGGGCUUGAAAUGAGUGGAACAAAGUUCUUGUGGGUUGUGAGAAGUCCUGAUAACAAAGCUUCUAAUGCAGCAUUUUUCAGUGUCCAAAGCCAAACAGAUCCUUUAGGGUUUUUACCAAAGGGGUUUACGGAGAGGACUAGAUCAUUAGGUCGAGGUCUAUUGGUGCCAUCAUGGGCGCCACAGAGUGAGGUCCUCAGCCAUGGUUCGAUAGGUGGGUUCUUGAGUCAUUGUGGAUGGAAUUCAAUCCUCGAGAGCAUUGCCAAUGGAGUCCCUCUCAUUGCUUGGCCUUUGUACGCAGAGCAAAAGAUGAACGCAAAUGUAUUGUGCGAGGGUUUGAAGGUGGCGCUGAGACCGAAAGCGAAUGAAAAUGGCAUGGUGGGAUGUGAAGAGAUUUGUAGAGUUGUGAAGGAACUAAUGGAAGGGGAAGAAGGGUUUAGGGUUCGAGAGAGGAUGAAUGGAUGGAAGAAAGCUGCUAAUAAGGCCUUGAGUGAAGAGGGUUCUUCCAUAAAGGCAUUGUCAGAGUUGGUGAUGAAGUUGAAGAAACAGGCAUGGAAUUAG